CGCCACGUCAGCCAACCAAACAACCAACCAAAGCGGAACGCGAUGAUGAGGAGGACAAUGCUUGUUGUUGUGGGUGUAGUGGCUGUGGCUCUCGCCAUCGCUGCCACAGCCAACGCCAGCGUCCCAAAAGGGUACGAGGUUGUGACGUGUGGCACGGCGCUGAAGCUGGAGCAUGUGGCCACAUCGUAUCGGCUGCAUUCGCAGGAGGUCGCUUACGGCACCGGCAGCGGGCAGCAGUCCGUGACCAUCAAGAGCGAGGGCCAGGAUAUGAACGACUUGUGGCAGAUCGCGGGCGCCUCAGGGAAGGAGUGCAGGCGUGGCCAGAAGAUCAAGUGCGGCUCCACCAUCCGCCUCUUCCACGUUGGCUCCCAGAAAUGGCUGCACAGCCACAACUUCCAGUCGCCGCUCAGCCACAACCAGGAGGUGAGCGCAUUUGGCGACCACUCCCAGUCCGACACGGGCGACAACUGGAAGGUCGAGUGCAGCGGCACAUACUGGAAGCGUGACGAUACCGUGCGCUUCCGCCACGCAGACACCAAGAUGUACCUCCACUCCACGGGCAGGCACCAGUUCAACCGCCCCAUCUCGGGCCAGCGGGAGGUGUGCGCAUACGCCAAAUCUUCCAACCUCAACCAGUGGAGGGCGGCCGAGGGCUACUUCCUCAAGUACAUGCCCAAGAACGCAAACUAGACUACCACACAUGAGCGGAUGUGUGUGUGUGUGUGUGUGUGUGUGUGUGUG